GUGCUCCCCCUACCCCCCACUUUAGUCACCACUCAGUACACCUCGGUCAUUCCACAUGAAAGUGUGUAGUACACCGUUGCUAUACUUUAUUAUAGCAAACAAAUCAUUCUAGGUCCGUUUUCUUCUAAAAUUAAUGUUGGAAAAGUGUUAUUGUGUUGUUUAAGUGUCAUUGUGAGUGAUUUUCGGGUGUUUUUGCGUGAUUUUCACUUGUUAUUGUAUUUGGUUCGGUUUAUGUAAGUGUUAUUGGAGUACAGUAGCUUAGCGCGGUCUGCUGAGGAACAUGUGAAGUGAUCAGUGAUUGUGAAGUGAUUCAUGUGUUGAGUACUGACUGGACUUUUUUACACCAAAGUGACGUCGACAAGGUGUUCUGGUCACUGUAGCACAAUGAAGCGAAAACACAGAUGGCUGGGAAUCAGUAUAUUGUGUGUAGCAGUCUUUGUGCUGCCCGAGUUACCGACGUCGUCCGCCGUCAGAGCCACGUCGCUCAUCUUCUCCAAGACCACCAGCACCACGGCUGCGCCUGAGGAGCUGCCCACUGGCGAUGAAGAUGGACCUCAGACCGAGACCACAGCGGAGGGGGGUGAAGCACCAACAAACGGCACCAAAAAGCUGUCCGGCAUCCCCCAAAUCGACUACAUCUACGACCCCAAUCUCCCCCGGGAACUAAACGGGUACAAUCUGUCUGGGUACCCCUUCUACGAGACCGUGCCUCCCCCAGAGAUGAUUGAUUUCAAGUGUGAUGGUCUCCACGAUGGGUUUUACGCGUCAGUCCCCCAUAAGUGUCAGGUGUACCACCACUGCUUGUUCGGCACCCGCUACGACUUCCUGUGCGCGAACUACACAGCCUUCGAUCAGAAGACCUUCAUCUGCCACUUCGUGUCGGAAGUCGACUGCAAGAACUCGCCGAAUUACUUCAACAGGAACGAGGCACUCUACAAGCAGACUGAGACAACGACCCCGGCACCCCCACCGCCACCCUCGACCACAACCACCACCACCACCCCCCGCCCCCCUCGCCCGGGCCGCCGGCGUCCCCACCCCAGAUACGAUUACUAUGAUGAUGACUACUACUACGGGAGGGAUGACUACGAGUAUGAUGAUAGGGUAAGAAGACCAAGGCCGCGUCCCCAGGGCAGACCGGCGAAGAGACCGAGACCACAGGAUGAUUAUGAAGAUGACAGAUACGAGCGUCCACGCCCAAGACCUCGCGACGAACUAGAAGAAGAUUACGAUGACCGAAGACCCUACGAUAGAAGACCAGGCAAAAGACCGUACGAUAGAAGACCGUACGACGACGAUGAGGAGAGAAGACCAGCUGGCGGCAGGAGGAGGCCGGGAAGGCCUCGGGAUGAAGAAGAAGACAGGUACAGAGCUGAUGAUGAAGACAGACCUAGAGGUGGGGCCAAUUUGAGGCCUAAGAGGCCUAGAGAUGAGUACAGGCCACGAGAUGAGGUCAGACCACGAGAUGAGAAAAGGCCCAGGGAUGAGGUAAGGCCAAAAGAUGAAGUUAGACCAAGGGAUGAAAUAAGGCCAAGGGACGAAAUACGGCCCAGGGAUGAAAUAAGGCCAAGGGAUGAAGUUAGGCCACGGGAUGAAAUUAAACCACGAGACGAAAUUAGACCUCGGGAUGAAGUAAGACCACGAGACGAAGUAAGGCCACGUGAUGAAAUAAGGCCACACGAAGAAAUAAGGCCACGCGAAGAAAUAAGGCCACGUGACGAAGUAAGGCCAAGAGAUGAAAAGCGCUCUCGAGACGAACCUAGACUCAGAGACGACGCUAGACUUAGGCCCAGUGAAAGACGGCCUUUAAGAGAUGAUCCAGUCAUCGCAGAAAACAAACGUGAAAACACUAGGCCUAGAGACGACAGGUACUCGGCUAACGAAGGCCGCAGGUACAAAGAGGACAGGCCUUACAGAAAUAGAGAUGAGAGGCCUUAUUCAAGACCUGAGAGAAAUUACGAUGAUGACCGAGAUGACAAAAGAGAAUUGCCCACCGCUCCGGAAAACCCAGGAUUAGUUAAACCAAACGGCCACGGAAUUUUUAGCAAGCCAAGAAUGCCCCCAAAAAUCAAACGACCAGUGCCAGCAAAUGAAAAAGGAAAAUAUGAAUACGUAACCGUAUCCACCACGAAGGCUCCUCCUAAAGUUGAUGAUGAUGAGUACUAUGAUGAUUAUGAAGAUGAUGAAACAAGCAAACCUUCGUCAUCUGGGAAGACUAGUACGAUCCAACAAAGGCCUAAGCCAGAACCGGUUGAGAAGGAAAAAUUUAAGCCAUCGCGUCCGCAUUUCACCAGCCCAUCAGCCAACUAUAAAGAAAGGCAAACUAAAAAACCCGUGAUCUACGAUGAUGAUGAUGAUUAUUAUGAUACUCAAUGGAAUAAACGCAGGCCUCAAAGACCAUACAAAAAGGAAACAAAACCAAAAGAUAUAGACGACUAUUACUACGAUUACGAUGAAACGAAUGACAAAAAAGUAGUUGCGAAGGAAGAAGACAUAACACACCGAAUCAAAGACGUGAAGCCAAACGUCAAAGUUGUAAAGCGUCCUUUUUUACCGUCUAGGGGUGGAAGUCCCUACUUACCUAGGGGCUUACAGCCUGUCGCUGGCAAAGACAUGACUGCUCCUCUUCACACCACCCCUAAACCUACCACCACUACUACUACAACGACCACGACCACUACUCCUGAACCUACUACUACCAGAACCACUACCACUACAAGAAUAACAACCACAACUAGACCUACAACUACUAGACUAACUACCACAACAAAACCGACUACUACAACAAGGCUAAGUACGACCAUAACAACAGAGCCUACAACUACCCAACAUCUAACGGCUCCUGAUGAUGAAUAUGAAUACUAUGACGAAGAAGACAUAGAGUACGAGGUAAAUAACAAAAAAGAACCCUCUACCUCACUGCCAGAAGUCAAAACGCAGUAUGCUGAAAUAAAAACCCAAGAGCCAGACACUAAAACUUACGAACCUACUUACGAUGAAGAAGUAGAAUCAAAUGCACCUGAAAUAGAAACGUUUACACCAGUUAUAGAGCCAGAAAUCAAAACGCAUUCGCCAGAAAUCAAAACGCACCGGCCAGAGGUAAGAACUCAGGUGCCAGAAUUCAAAACUCAUCUGCCGGAGAUCAAAACUCAUUUACCAGAAGUGAAAACCCAUCUGCCAGAGAUCAAAACGAUAGCACCUGAAAUCAAAACACACACGCCAGAGUUGAAAACUAACAGGCCAGAAACUACCACAGCCGAUGUGGCAGAUUUCAAAGAACAGAGAGCCAAGCUAGCUAAAAACGUUCUAAGGGUGUACAACGAUAACUAUGAAGCUAUCAGAGAGAAACUAGAAUCGACUCUCUCUCCUGGCGACUACAUAAAACCUUAUCUAGGCACUCAAGCAAUACCCUUGAAGAACGAGCCCAAAUACACAGUCACCGACGCUCCUUACCGACCUAAAAUAGAGCCUAAACCGGAGAUUUCAAAGCCUUAUACCGCUACAGGAAAGCCUUUGAAGUUGCCUGAGAAUAUAUCAAUAAAACAAAACCUAGCGGACUCUAUAGAAAACGACUACGAUGUUAGGCUGAAUGAAGCGAUAGCUCCAAUCCUUCCUAACGUCAACAUUCGGGUGCCAAGCGGAUUUGUAGUCCCUAACGACAGGGAUUACACGUUUUCCAGGUUCAGGAAUAAUUAUCAUCCAGAACCGCAGUACGCAGCCUCAGAUAUAUCUAGCUUCCAGAUAAGAAAACGCCCCCAAGUAUCGGGGGUCAGUAUUCGCACCCCUAACUCAUAUUACCUACACCCCCAGAGAGUUGUGAGCUACCAAGAUGAGGUACAAAGAUAUCCUAGACAACUCAUUUAUAGGCAAGUAGGUGAUUUCUUUUAAAAUGUGAUUUUCAAUAGCCUUUCAUUAUAUUACAUGAAAACCUGUAAGAGUAUAUUUCUAUGGAAAAUCCUUGAUUUCUUUAGGAUUUUGAUUGGCAGUUUUUAUUCUUAAUUUUUCGGUCUUUGUACUUAUACGUUAGUUAUUAUAUUAUUUUAUAUAAAAUAUGUACAUAAUAUUAUGAGUAUUCCAUUUAAUGUGAUUAUUAUUAUGAUCAAAUUAAACAACUUUAGAUAGUAGUUCCUUGCGCUGCUAAAAGAUGGCGUUGUAUGCUCAUUACAUCACGAUAACGUAGCUUAUUAUUAUUUUAAACUUAAGUCAUAAGUUUUAUCAAUCCUAUCAAUCAAAUUCAUGAUAUACCUUACAGGUUUUUGUAAAAAAAACUAGGUACUAAAUAAGUACAUUAAUUUUAGUCAUUCGAAAGUGGAAAUUCGUUGUAAAUUAUUAUUUAAUGUCCAAAAUUUAAGACAAAGAAUGUAUAAAUUAUGAGUCGGUUUAUUUAUGUUAGUGUGACGUAAUUAUUUAUUAAUAUAAAAAAAUCACGUACAGGAAUAUUAAAACAUAAUUACAGGUAAAGUAAGAUAUUUUAUAUUUCAGUUAGAUUUACGCGUCUGCUAUAAAGAAACUAGCCUUCUAAAUCUAUUUCACCUUUAAUUUAUGAAAGCUGUAAAUUAUAAAAUGAAAAAGUACAGUGAUAUAAACUUUCAGACACUGUAUUUCACUAGGUUAUAUAUCAAA